GGAGAGUGUUUCGAAGAGAGUCUCAGAGAAGAAACGGUGUUUCUCUCAACUGUUUCCGACGACGGUAACCGGUAAAACAGCUAGUCGCUUUCACAUUUGCUGAUACAAUAAACAUAUUUAAUAUUUCAAAUUAUAUAAAUUCCUGUUCUUCAAAUUAUACAAAAUAUUGCAAAGUUUGUUUUCGAGUUAUUUAGAAGAAAUCUUUUACAAUUAAUAAUUGAUUAUUGAUAAAUUUGUUAUGUAAUAACAGAAGUAAUCUGAAACCUACACAAUAUUUUUGUUCAAUUAUUGUAGCCCCGAAUAAUAAGUAUAAUUUUAUCGUCAAAGUUAAAAUCCGUUUUUUUAUUUCUUUAUUUCGUGCUAUCAUGUGCGGAUAUUUUAAAUUAUUAUAAGUAAAACUUAUGGUAUAUCGUGAGAAAUAGUAUCGACUGUAGUUACUGUAGAUGUUUAAACGGUAAUUCAUAUUCAAGAUUAAUGUGCAUUAAAUUGCAUUGUGAGAACGUGAUCAUCGCGAUAAACGAAAGUAAUGAUGCGAACGUAUCAUGAUCCACUAUGCGUGCUCUGCGGUGAUCGACAUUUGCAUAGGGGCGUUUUAUUGCUAAUCAUGAACGACAAUUUGUCGUAAUUUCAGCAUAGGAUACAAACCAGAGUUAUCAUAAGUCACGCAGUUCGAAGCGAAAUAGUACAUUCUUCUUUUGAUCCAAAUAGUAAAUAAGUGUAUUACAGAUUAUCAAUAAUUGUAAUUUAUUGCGUAUUUCUACGUGUUUCUGUUAUCGAAUAUCGUUUCGCACAUUUUGCACAAUAUAAUGCCACGUCUUUGUGAUAUAACAAUAUAAUAUGCACUUGGCAAUAGUUAUCGGGUUAGUGUUUCAGAAUCGCGCAGAGGCGUAAAAAGGCGGAAGAUUAAAUAAUAAAUAUAAUUAAAACGUCGUCAUAUUUUUUCUCUAGACUGCCUUGUGCCGCUUCGUAUGCGCUAGAAAGUACGUACCUAAUAACGCAGUGAUCUCGAGAGUGAAGGCAAAACCUAUAUAUUAAAGAUGUAAGAAAGUUUACGAUCGUGCGGGAAUAUGCGGUUCCGCCGUUAUUAAGAAAACAUUAAUUACGAAGGUAGAUUUACCCGCGAGGUUUAUUUGCUUUAACCCACGUAGAUAUCGCGUUCUAGUAAUGGCUUACAAAUCAUCGCUCUACAAAUCGUCCUCUCCUCUUUCAGUAGAAAUUGCCGACGGUGGCGAAUGUUUCAGUAAAUAUCGAGAGAAGCCGAUAGCUUAAGCGCGGCAUGUAAAGCAGCCGUAAUUGAAAAGUACAUUGAAAUAUGAAUUAUUGCCGUGCGAUUAGUCUCGCACGACUGACUUCUCAACUAGAGACGCGGCCAUCGCACGUGUGAGACCGGGAAAUUACUAUUAUUACGGCGACCCCGUUGCCAUCGGCACGUGAUUUAAAAAGCAUAUCCCUCGAGCGGGGAACCCCAGCAAAUCUAUAAUUCUUAUUAUGUUAUUUGUAUUUGCACUGCGCCUCUUCCUUCAUUUUUUAUCGGAAACGAAUCUGCCGCGCGUAUUUUAUAUGUCAUAAUCUAGAUAUCCGGAAGCGUGAAGCGCGCCUUCAAAGCGCACCGUUCGCGCUUCCGCCCUCAACUUCCUCGUUCGCGCGCGAGCACAAUGAAUUCUCGCGCGGCGGUUGCUCAUUUCAGAAGAAUCUUGAUGAAUCUCCGUCACCGCGCGCGAAAAACCGUCGAACUGCAGUUUCGCGUUAAUGCUGUCUGAUGUUAAUUGACUUGACUUGAAAGUCUUCUCCUCGCGUUUCUCCCGGCCUGUUUGACAGGAGUUUCCGUUUCUUCGACAGAACAGCGACGUUCGAUCGGAGUCCAAGCUCUCACCGUUUUCGCGAUCCAGCGUGAAAAAUUCGCGAAUUCGGCGUGCGUACGCGAAAUCGCGGGUAAUGACGUAUGGACGGCGCGAUUAAUUGUUGCGAUAGUGCUCCUGCUUUCGAGCGUUAAAUGCCUGACACGCGAGCGCGUGGAAUUAGGAUCGGUGAUUGACGGUGCGCGGUUAGGAUCGCGUGUCCAUCGUGAAAUCCGAAACAAAACGAUGUGCGCGCACGACGCGAAACAAUGAGAGCAUCAUUUUCUCCUCGUGAUGGCGUUGAAAGAAAUCGCGUGCCCGUACACAAUCGCACUAACAGAUGCGAUUUUAUUGCAAAUGUGUCACGUCGUUACCUCUUCUUUUUAUCUCUUCCACGAUCACACACAAAAAAAUCCGUACAAUUAUAUAACUCCAUACGGAUCUGCAUAAUUUGAUUUGUGAUUCUCUUUGCACGAGUUUAGAUCACCGUCUCAGAUAUCCAGUCUACUAUAAUCAACAUCCGAGCGAUCCGAUAAGUAAUCCAGUGAGAAACGAGUUCGCGCGUUAUAAAGAAAACGGUUUAUAUAAUUUAAUUAAUAUCGCUAUUAGAUAACUCUCUCUCUCGUUCUCGGAUAAAGGUUGUUUGCAAUUGUAUAAUCGGUAAACACAUUUACAGAAACGUUUAUGUAAUCCCGAAUUAAUCUGCCUGCGAUUUGAUUGCUGGGCUCACUUCUCUAAUUUAUGCGUUUGUGCGCGAAGUACUGUUAAUUACGAUUUUCGAGGGGGCACCGAAGGAUCUAGGACUUUUAGCGAGUGGUCGCGGAAAAACCGGUAACGCGACCUCUCCGCGCAAGUUUCCGUAAUCGCGUCAACGCGAAAAGGUCUUUGACACUUUUCACUUUCUGCGUACCACGGCUUAUCUCGACGAAGCGGCGAUGCGUAGCGGGGAAGGUUAGUUCCCUGGAUUUACGAUUGCGUUUACGUUUUCAAGUGACCGGUUAUGUUUCCGGCAGCAAAGACGUCGUCACGCAUCAGGACAAAUAACAGAAGGCUUUGCGAUAAGAUUCGUUGUUAUGCGACGCGACUUGAGAAACUGUUACUAUUAUAGAUUUAUCGUUUCCAUUGGAUUUCUAGAAAGCCAUUGCAAUUAGAUUUUUAAAAUUAGAUUUUACGUUUUAAAAAUAUAUUUUUUAAAUUUUAUAGAUGCUUAUAUCUUUUUUUUUAAAUUUUGUAUGUAUGAUGAACGCGGCAAUGAAUUAAGAUCGCGAUCAAGAGAACCAGUUUGAGAAAACGUCGACGUCCAUAAAAGAAGUGAACGGUUCUUGCUACGAAAACAAUGAAUAAUACCACUCCCUUUACGAGUGUAUUGGAACCAGUGUGUGCUGCUACUUUUCCAGAUAAUUCUUGUUGUUGCGAAAAAUUUUCACUCUCGUCGCACGAGUAUAAUGAAACGCGAAAGUGAUCUAUCCCCUCUUGAAAAAAGCAUCGCGUGUAUGCAGCCUCUAGAUCAGUAACACGUCUCUGGCAGCCACGUAUAUAAGAUGGUAAAAGUAUACGACUGAUCUAUUUACUGUUAACUCGAGCAACGUACUCGAAGAAAGAAGAGACCGUUCCCCAGAGAGAAAAUCGUUCUACCAUUUCGUUCAGGAUGGGACACGCGGGACACGUAAGGUUUUUAUUACCAUUCUUUAUGGCUACUGCAAUGAGUGUUUCAAUUCAGAACGACUAUGAUAGAAAUGUAUAUAAAUAUCAACACUUUCCUCCAACAUAUGUUCAUCGAAUUGUGCCUUUUUACAAGAGGCAAAAUAGGGACAAUUAUAUCGUAGAAAAAAACAUUUACAACACAAAUAUUGAGCCCAGAACCGAACAAGAGAUUAUUAAAGAUAGCCAGCCUUCAGGAUCUCAAGUUCAACACUUUAAACGAGAGCUCGAAGGUGGGUACGACAAAAAUUUUGCUAUUGAAUUGAAUAAUGGAGCUGAAAAUGUACAAAGCGUACAUAAUUAUCCAGUAUUAAAUAACGAUCACAAAACUGUCACGAUUGUAAAAAAAAUCGCAGUACCGUAUCCCGUAGAGAAGACUAUUCGAUAUCCUGUAAUCAAGAAAAUAUUGUAUCCGGUCAAAGUGCCGGUUCCGCAGCCGUACGCGAUCGAGAAGCAAAUACCAUAUCCCGUCAAGGUCUUCGUCAAAGUUCCUAUUAAAAUUCCACGGCCGGUACCGAUCUUCAAAGAAAUCCCGUAUCCGGUUCAAGUGCCGGUGGAUCGUCCUGUCCCGGUCAAGGUGUACGUUCCGAAACCGUAUCCCAUCGAGAGAAAGAUACAUUAUGAGGUGAAGGUCCCAGUACUGCAACCGUACCCGAUAGAACGAAGAGUGCCGAUACCGGUGAAGAUACCAGUACACGUGCCUCAGCCCUAUCCGGUCGAGAAAAUCGUUCAUUAUCCUGUGAAGAUCAUGGUGGACAAACCGGUACCUUUCCCGGUGUCAAAGCCAUAUCCGGUGGCGAUUGCGAAGCCGGUCCCGUACCCCGUUGAGAAGCCGGUACCGAUUCCGAUCAAAGUAAGGGUAGAGAGACCAGUACCGAUUCCGGUGGACCAGCCGGUGCCGUACAAGGUGAAGGUUCCAGUACCGGCGCCAUACCCGGUCGAAAAAAAGAUACCAUAUGCCGUUGAGAAAUUCGUACCUGUACCGAUAAAGAUACCGGUAGAGAGGCCCGUGCCGAUUCACGUGAGCAAGCCGGUCGAGUAUCACGUAGAAAAAUCCGUUCCCUAUCCGGUUAAGAUACCGGUCGAGGUGCCGAUAGACGAGAGUAUCAAAUACCAAUAGAUGCGAGGUAUCGAAGAUUGUAAUGUUUUACAAGAAAAAAGUCAUUAUUGAAUGUAAAUGCUGCAAUAAAGCUGCCAAAGACUUCAUACUUCGGUCAUGGCAUUUUUCGGCUCAAAGACAUGUAAUAAUUGUAAAAAAAUUUUUAGAUUUAUAGGCAGAUACGAGGCUAAACUUAAUAUAAUGUAAUAAUUAAGCAUUCAUUAUAUCAUCUCUUAGGGGAUAUUUAUUUACAUUUUAUGGAAUUUUUUACUGUUUAAUGCGUAAGGAAAGUGCGUAUAACGCCAUUUUCGCAAUAUGUAUUGUUACUGCAUUCGGUAUAAUUGACGGAAUUGUAGGCUUCAUCAUAGUGCACAUAUUACCGAGAAUUAUUGUAACAUUGCAAAUAACCUCGAUAGCUAUUUAAUAUAAAAUUACUCCGAUUCAACUUCAAAUUUCGAUUAAAAAUUAGAAAACGAAAGAACAUUGUAUAUGUGGGACAGAUGAUUUAAAAUACUUUCGUCGGACUUAAUGUAGUUGAUCCUAAUUCUUGUUUUUGUAAUUAACAGCUUCACUAGAACGAUUAACGCGUAAAAGAAGAUAAUUGAUCAGAUAAGAUGGUAGUAGAAUGUAAUUGGAUAAGUCGCAAUCAACUUCUUGCGAUACGUUCAAGACAAUUAAUGCUUUUUCUGUCACGGUUUCGAUGUCAAUCGUGUUCACUUUCGCUGUAAUUACAACCGGAAUGACAUGUUGUAAUUGAACUGUAUGAAAUGCAUCGGUCAAUCGACGAUUGACUGAUGCAUUUCAUAUGACCGUGAUUGUGAUUACGAAAUGUCUGUUUUUUUCCUGUACAUAUUACAAGAAGUAAUCGAUAGCAUAAAUAUUUGAAGUACAUAUACAUGAGAGGGUGCUUCAAAAAGUUUUCAUUUUUUUCAAUCUAUAACAUGUAUGGAAUUUGAAUAAUAAAAUGAGUUUAUAUAAACCAAAGUGUGCGAAAACUUUUUAAAGCGCCCUUUAUAAAUGUAUAAUUUUUUUUAAAUUAAAUUUAUUUUAAUUAAUUAUCAUGAUUUAAUUUGUGAAAUGUAUAACUGUCAAUCAAGGAAUUUAUUACACAAAAAAGUACGAUUAUGGGAUUGGUUUGGGACCGUUGCCUUUUACUGUCACACACUAAUUAUCAUUUAAAAAAUCUUAGAGCAAUUAUUAAUAUCUUACUAGAAAACGACUAUCCGAUAUACUUGAUUUUUAUAACGAUCGGAAAAAGAAUUAAAUAUUUGACAAACAAACAAAAAUGAUGGGACGGGAGGAUGUUGCUUCCAAUCUAGUUAAAAAAAAGUUUUCCUGGUUCCUAGUCCUUUAUAUUCAUGUCACUUGUGAAAAAUUUAGAAAUAUCGUAAGAAAUAUAAAAUUAUAAUUGUUUUAUAGUAUGAACAAAUUGAACAAUACAUAAAAACACAAAAAAUCCAAUUCAAAGCUCAUUAAAAAAUAACAAGGCAAAUUUAACUGCAAGGGUUAUGGUGCAUUUUAUAUGGGUAAAAUAAGUAAACAGCUAAAGGCUAAACACAAAAA